CAGUGCUAUGGGCCAAUUAGACCACCGAUAAACAGCUGAUCAAAUAUUCAAAUGAACUCCGAACCCAAAAUAGGUAGCCCUGGGCUCUGGGUCGCCAGACAGUAAAUUUUUAAUUUAACCUAGACGAAUCCGUUCUUCUUUUCUAGUAAAUCAUUCUGAGCAACGGCUGUCUUCCCAGUGCAUAGGAGGAAUAGAGAUGGGAAAAAACAGAGGGAAAUCAGUUAACAUAUCGGGCAAACCAAAGCAUUCAUCUGAUGCCAGCCGAACCAAAGGCAGCCGUACUGCUGCUACUGUAAGGAGACUAAAGAUGUACAAUAAGAAGCCCAAGCUAGAUCGCAAAGGAAAAAUCCUCAAGCAUGAAUUUCAAUCCAAAGAGUUGCCUUCUACUCAUAUCCAGCCCGAUCCUCGCUGGUUUGGUAACACACGAGUAGUCAGCCAAAAAGAGCUUGAACUACUGCGGGAUCAGCUCCAGAAUCAGAAUCACAUAUCAAGUCAAAUCAGACAAAAAUGGGCCAAAAGGAUUCAAGAUGCAACUCAGGUGAUCUACGUGCAGAAGGGAUCGGCUAAAGCAUAUGCUACAAAGAAAGUGCAAGUUUAGAUUUUGAAGGUUUAACGGCAGUGAGGAAUGCUACUGGGAUUACCACUAGUUCAACACGGAGAUUGCUACUUAAGCUUUUAGUUUUCGUGGUAGAAGGCUACUUUUAAUUAUGAAAUCAUAAGCCUAAUAAAAAAGACCCCUAUAAAUUAUUAAUAAAUUAUUAAGUACAGACUGCA